AUGGAGUUACGGGGGGGUUUUGGUCGCAUCGGGGACAAGUCACGGGACCACGCUCUGCCGGUCGCGUCGGUCGGGGGAGGGGAAGACUCCGGGGUUCCACGGUUCACCACGAUUGAUUGUUAUUGUUUACAGAUGAGGCCAGAACGGAAGGUGAUAAACAAUGGAUCAUCUGCAGGACUCAUCACGAACCAGGAUUAUUCCUCCCUCCGACCGUGUGUGGGUGGGUGUGCCAGCGCAUACAUACGCACAUACAGUUACAGUGGUGACAUGCAGAUACCGGAGGGUGCGGGAAGGGAAGGAAGAGAGAAGGUUUCAUGCAAGACUUCCCCUCCAUGUGACAUCACGACUGGCUCCCUCCAAUCGACGCGAUCCCAGGCAGGCAGAUCUGGGAAAGCAAGUUGGGAGCACUCCAACAGCCUUUCUGGAGCACGAGCACUUAGAGCUGCAGGAUUAGCCCAAUCAGGGGCCCCAUCACCACUUGAGACCCCGCAGCAGCGCUUCCUGCUGGCCCGCCAAGGCUCGCCCGACGCUGAUGCCCGGUCCGCGGACGUGUCUGGGCUGCCUGGCCGACAGAUAACAGCGCAUGUCAUGGCCGCUCAGGUGACGGAGAAGCCCGUCAACAACAUCCCCGACUCCACCGAAAGAUCCGAGUCUGUACAAUCAAUGCCUACCCACCCGCCCUCAAUAAAGGCGGAACCGACUGUCACUCUAGCGAUAUUGAUUCAGAUAGUUCUUGGGGCUAGCGCCCUUCCUGGCGCGUAG